GCACACACAAAAGUGUCAAUGAAAUAUGCAAUUAUGAAAAUACAAAUUUUUGAUGUUUUUAUAUUUGUUUAUUAACAAAUAAAUGAUAAAUGAAGAUAUAAUUUUUAAAAACAAUUGAAAUUGUCAAAUAAAAGGCUGAGAAAAAAAAAAAAAAAAAAAACAAUUGGAGAGAUUAGUAGAUGUCAUAAAAUAGCCUUGGAGUAAAAUAAUGACAUCAGACAUUUUUCAUAAUUUUAUUAUAAAUUUAACGUAAAAAAAAAAAUCUGGUGAAUGUGAUUUAAAAAUGUCUUGUCUUGAAACAAAGCCUCAAAUGUAUAGCCAAUGGUGUGGUAACAAAUCAACACUAAAAGAUAAAUUUAAAAUUGAAGACGUGGAACAUUGUAAUAAUCAGACAAAUAUUCAUCCACAAAUGUCAACGAAUAUUGAAAAGGUUAAUCUUCAAGAGGGUGAAAAAAAAAUAUUAAGUUUAAAAAAUAUAUUAAAUAAAGAUCCACAAGCUGCUGAUUUUAAAUGGUCAUUAUUUGUUGCUUCAUGUAAUAGUUACAGACAUGCAAUGUGUCUCAGACCAUUUCCACCAAUGUUCAUCAAAAAUGAAUGGAAAAAUAUUGAACAACUUAGAGAAGUUAUUGAAGGAAUUCCACCAUUACCAAUAAUUUACAACAAGCUAGAUGAGCCAGAAUUUUAUGACAACAACCAAAUGAUGAUUGAUUUGUUGUACUGGGUCUUGUUGACAUUAAAAGAACCAGAACUUAAAUCAGUCAAAAAAGAUGAAUAUGACAUGAUACUGGAAAAGGUACCAUGUGAAAUAACAAUGGCUAAACCAAAUAUGAUAUUUCAACUUGAUAAUUUAAAUAAUUCAAAAAAAGAAGAAAGAUGGAAAAAUAAUGUUCAGGAAUAUUCAACAUUUUAUGCUUAUCAUGGAAGUAAACUUGAAAAUUUUCAUUCAAUUAUUAAUUAUGGUAUUCAACAAACAAUGAGUAAUCCAGGACUAUUUGGAGAUGGUAUUUAUUUAUCUAGUGAAUUAAAUGUUAGUCUUGCAUUUAGUCCAGUUGGAUUUGGAUGGGGUGGAAGUUUUCUUGGCUGUGAAUUAAGUUGUGUUGCACUUUGUGAAGUUGUUGAUCAUCCAGAUGUUAAACGUGGUGAUACUGGUGCAGAUGCACAAAAAGCACUUGAAGUUACUGUUAGAGGAAAAAUACCAAAUAAAUAUUAUCUUUCAACAAAUAGUGAUCUUUUAAGAGUUAAAUAUCUUCUUGUUUAUACUCAUGAUUUUUCAUCAUCAAAAAAUUUAAAAAGUACCGGUGUUGUUAGCUGGUUUAAACAGAACAAGUUUUUGACAUUUGUCCUUGGAUAUGUGGUCCUUCUUGUCUCAGUUGGAUUGACUCAAAAUAAAAAUGUGGAAAAAUACUAUAAAUUAUUAAUCCAAAAAGCUGGACUUGACUAAUUUAUAUUCAUUCCAUAACAAAUACUCUAUUUAUUUAUAUAAAUUGUAUCUGAAGAAGAAGAAAAAACUCGUUUCGAUUUUUUAAACGAAAAUUUUUUAUACAUGCAAUUUAAUGCACUUUUUUUUUUUGUCUGUAAUGAAAAUUGGACAUUUAAAUUAUCAGAGAUUUAUAAACAAGUUUGAUUAUUUAUUUUUUUUUUUUUCAAAUUUAAAGUUUAAAAUAAAAUUUAAAUUUAUAUUAAAUAAUAAAUU